CUAAUAUUUACUGAGCCUGUUUGAGUAAGCAGAAAAUAGAGCAUAAGCAUUGUUUAUCUGCAAAUGAUAUUAUUAAAUAUUCCAUUAGAGCACAUUAAAAGGUUCUAAAGUUGUAUGACUUGAAUGCAUACUCUGUUGGACAAAUAUUGAAUUAGCAUUUCAAUAGAUAUCUACAUGGUUAACUCAACUUGAAUUUGAUUAAUGGAGUGUUUUGCUGAUUUACUAAGUAAAAAUGAGAGCAUUCAGGUUACGGCGGCUGAGGAUUUAAAGGACUUUGUGCAUAGUUCGACAAAAGAACUUUCAGGAGAAUCUCUGGCUCGGUUUAAUAACGAAAUUAAUCGAAGGAUUUUUGAGCUUAUUCAUAGUCAUGAUGUUCAUGAGCGAUUUGGCGGUAUCCUUGCAAUUGGAAAACUCAUUGAGUUUGAGAGUGAUGGAGAUAUCACAAACUUGUCGCGAUAUGCAAAUUAUUUGCGUAUGACACUUCCGAGCACAGAUUUCCGCUCCAUGGAGCUUUCUGCGAAAGUACUUGGGCAGCUCGCUGCUCUAGGUGGCACAUUGGCAGCCGAGUUUGUCGAAUUUGAAGUCCAGCGUGCAUUUGAAUGGCUUCAAGGAGAUCGACAAGAGCAAAAACGAAUGGCUUCCGUAUUGAUUUUGAGGUCUUUGGCUCAAAACUCUCCCACUUUAGUUUAUUUGUAUAUUAGCGAAAUUUUUCAAAAUUUAUGGAUAACACUGCGUGAUCCCAAGCCUUUUAUCCGAGAAACAGCUGCCGAUGCUUUAGGAGCUUGUCUCGAUGUUGUCUGCCAACGUGAGGCCAAGGUUCAGUUACAGUGUUUUAGCAAAGUACUACUGCAAGCCGAGUUUGGAUUGCGGCAAUCCAGUGUGGAAUAUUUACAUGGAAGCUUACUUGCAUAUAAAGAGUUGUUCGAAAAAUCUGGCUCUUUUAUUCGCGAACAUUACGUUGCAUUCUGUGAUUUGGUUCUUCGUUUACGUGAACACCGUGAUGGCUCUAUACGCCGUUCGAUUCUGCUGCUAUUACCUACAUUAGCAGAAUACAACCCUGGUAAGUUUCAAUUAAAGUAUUUAGAUCCUUUCAUGAUCUAUUUGCUAUCCCAAAUCCGAAAAGAUAAAGAAAAACCGCUUGCUUUUGAGGCUAUCGGAAGAAUUGCAAUGGCUGUUAAUGAAGCUAUGAUUCCGUACUUACAAAGCAUUCUUUUGGUUAUUCGAGAUACUUUAACUACCAAAGUAAGGGAUAGACAACAACAAGAGAAACCUGUUUUUGAAUGUAUUGGUAUGCUUGCUGCAGCUGUGAAGCUGGAAUUAUUGGAAGAUUCGCGCAGUCUUUUAGGUCUCAUAUUUUCCUGUGAAUUGAGUUUGCAUUUACGGCAAGCACUCGUUAAAAUGGCCGAAAAUAUUCCUCCUUUGCUUGCCCCUGUUCAAGAACGCUUAUUAAAUAUGGUUAGCCAGAUCCUUACUGGAAAAAACUUUGAAAUCCGAAAUAACGACACGUAUACCCCGAGCUUUACAAAUGUUUACUCAGCUAGAGAAAGCAAUCAACGCAGCAAAAAUGUUGAGCCGAUCAUCUUAGCUUUGGAAACAUUAGGCACCUUUAAUUUUACAGGAUACUCGCUGAUUAGCUUCAUACAAGAAUCGGUUUUAUCAUAUCUUGACAAUGAUAAUCCAGAAGUUCGUAUUGCUGCUGCCAAAACUUGUUGUCAGGUUUUUGCUAGAGAUCCUGUUUGUCGUAAAACUACCCCUUUAGCUAUUGAAUCUGUUGCUGAAGUACUUGAAAAGCUUCUUACUUUGGGAAUAGCAGAUUCGGAUCCCAGAAUUAGAGAAACUGUUCUUUCAUUGUUAGAUGAACGAUUUGACCGCCAUCUGGCUCACCCUGAUAAUAUUCGUUGUCUGUUUAUAGCUUUAAAUGAUGAAGUGUUUUCUAUUCGGGAAAUUGCUAUUAUCAUAAUUGGUCGACUUGCACUAUAUAACCCCGCUCAUGUUAUGCCUUCUUUGCGGAAAACAAUCAUACAAUUGCUUUCCGAUUUAGAAUAUUCCGGGAACAGCCGUCAAAAAGAAGAAAGUGCUCAAUUAUUAAAGUUACUCGUAUCCAAAGCUCGAAUGCUUAUAAAACCUUACAUUGAAUCUAUUAUCCAUGUUAUCUUACCAAAAGCUUCUGACCCUAGUCCAGGAGUUUCCUCUGCAAUCAUUUCUGUUCUCGGUGAAUUAGCAAGUGUGGAAGGAGAUGACAUUCCUACGGACGUUCGCUCUUCUUUCAUGAAUCUGAUUUUAUUCAGUCUUCAAGACCAAAGCUCAACUUUGAAACGGUUGGCAUCUUUGAAAUGUUUAAGGCAGCUCUGCGGACCUUCUGGCUAUGUUAUUCAGCCAUACAUAGAUUAUCCUUUUUUACUAAACAUUUUAAUUGGAAUUCUACAAUCGGAGCAACCCACUCCUAUUAAAAGAGAAGUUCUAAGGACCUUAGGUGUACUAGGUGCUUUAGAUCCUUAUACUUAUUUGGCUACAGAGCAGUUUUCUGAUAAAUUACAAAAAAAUCAUUCAACUAGCCAAAGCUUUUUCUCGAAUCUGCUUGGUGCUCAGUAUGACUCUUUAGAAAAUUAUGCCAUGGUUGCCGUUGUAACCUUAGUUGGAAUUCUUAAAGACAGUUCUUUAUCAAUGCACCAUACGUCGGUCGUCCAAGCAGUAAUGCAUAUAUGCUCUCAAUUAAAAUAUAAGUCUGUGGUCUUCCUUCCCCAGCUGAUUCCUACAUUUCUACAGGUAAUGACAACUCUGUCUCCUUCAUCUGUAGAGUUAUAUUUUCAACAACUCACAACUCUUACUUCUAUUGUGGGACCAAAGAUAAAGGAUUAUAUAUCCGAUAUUUUCAAUCUUUCAAAGGUCUUUUGGAAUUCUUCUAUUUCACUUUUACUUGUAAUUUUAGAUUUAAUUGAUUCAAUCGCCGUCGCAUUGGGAGAUGAAUUUAAGUUUUAUUUACCCCAAAUCCUGUCUUAUAUGUUGAAGUCCUUCUCUUCGGAUACAACACCAGCUAGGGUGAUCUCCUAUAAAAUUUUACAAUCAUUUGUGAUUUUUGGAUCUAAUACUGAAGAAUAUAUGCAUUUGGUGCUGCCCGUUAUCAUCAGAAGCUUUGAACGGGACUCGGUUCCAUUGCAAUUUCGAAAAAGUGCAUUAAAGUGUAUUUUUCAACUUUUACAGCUAGUUAAUUUUUCCGACCAUGCCUCUCGCAUAAUUCAUCCUUUAGUACGCAUGUUGACGAAGUCAAACAAUGAAUUAAAGGUUGUUAUAAUGGAUACAUUGUGUGCUGUGGUUUCCCAACUAGGUUACGAUUAUGCCGUCUUUAUUCCUAUGGUUAAUAAGGUCCUUGUGCAUUACAAAAUAACCCAUUCAACGUAUGACCUUCUUGUAUCAAGAUUACUUAAAGGUGAACCGUUACCAAAAGAUUUGAUCGCCAAUGAAUUUCAACAGAUGUCAUCUUUGAAAUUUGAAAUAGAGGACCCGCCUUUGACCAAACUACCUGUAGACCAGUCUUCAUUGAAAGCUUCAUGGGAGGCGUCCCAAAAACUCACUCGAGAUGAUUGGCAAGAUUGGAUACGGAGAUUUAGCGUCGAAUUGUUGAAAGAAUCACCCUCUUCAGCCUUGAGGUCUUGCUCUACUCUGGCUGGUAUCUACCACCCACUCUCCCGCGAUUUAUUCAAUGUUAGUUUUCUUUCUUGUUGGGAAGAGUUGAGUGCGAGUAAUAAGAAAAGUUUAGUAAAAUCAAUUGAGACAGCAUUAAAUGCACCGAACAUUUCUAUUGAAAUUUCUCAAAUUUUACUCAACCUUGCUGAAUAUAUGGAAAGAGAGGAUCAUGCUCUCCCAAUAUCUAUUGAAGCAUUAAGCGAACACGCUUCGAAAGCUAAUGUUUAUGCUAAAGCUUUACAUUACACCGAAUUACAGUUUAUGGAAGAAACAAAAGAAGAUGUUAGUAUUUGCACUAUUGAAUCGCUGAUUACAAUCAAUAAUCAUCUACAACAAUCCGACGCGGCUGUUGGUAUGUUGCAGUAUGCUAAACAACACAAACAUUUCAAUCUCAAGGAAACUUGGUAUGAAAAACUUCAAAGAUGGGAUGAUGCUUUAGCAGCCUAUGAGACGAGGGAAGCUGAUGGUGAAUCUUCAUUCGAAAUUAGUUUCGGAAAACUGCGAUGCUAUUUUGCUUUAGGUGAUUGGGAUCACCUGUCUCAUUUGGCUCAAGAAACAUGGAUUGUAUCCGAACAGGAACAUCGUGAAGCUAUUGCUCCACUUGCAGCAGCUGCUGCUUGGGGUCUUGGUCAGUGGAGUUUAAUUAGUGAAUACGUCAGUGCCAUGGAUAGAGAACCUCAAGAGAAGGAGUUUUUUUCUGCUAUUCAUGCCGUACAUAUGGGACAGUAUGAGAAAGCUUAUUCGCACAUUGAAAGGCAUCGAGAUAUACUUGUAAAUGAUCUCUCUUCCAUUAUUGGAGGAAGCUACAAUCGUGCUUAUGGCAUAAUGGUAAAGUCGCAGAUGUUAUCAGAACUUGAAGAAAUAAUCAAUUAUAAGCAAAAUGAACCAUUAGAAGGGAAUUUAGAUUCUUUGAAAAAAACAUGGAGGAAAAGACUUGAAGGCUGUCAGAAAAACGUUGAUGUUUGGCAUAAUACUCUGCGCUUUAGAGCUCUCGUAUUUUCUCCUACGGACUCUCCACAAAUGUGGAUUGAAUUAGCUGACUUAUGUCGUAGGUCUGACCGAUUAAAACUGGCUGCUAAGUGCUUGCAUUACCUAAUGGGUUGCGAUCCUUCAAAACCGUACCCUAUUGAUUCUUUGAAAUCAAUAAAUCCUCGCGUUGUAUACACCUAUUAUAAGUUUUUAUGGGCAAAUAAUGACAAAGAAGUUGCUGUAACAAGCUUAGAAGAGUUUACGAGUUAUUUAUAUUCAAGGAAUAAACAAAAUCGACUAAUACCGUCUUUGGAUUUAGGCGAAUUGUCGAAUGAUUAUGAAGUUAAUGACGAACAAUCAUUUCUUGCAAGGUGUUUUCAUAAACAGGGAAAGUGGAAAAAGGUGCUACAGCGUUCUAUGUCAGAAGAAAGUGUAAGGGAAAUACUUAAUUCUUAUUAUAAUGCGACAAUAUGUGACAAAACCUGGUAUAAGGCUUGGCAUUCUUGGGCACUUGUUAAUUUUGAAGUCGUUGGGUACUAUGAGCAAUCUGAUGCUGGCAUUAGAAAAGAAAUGUAUUCCCAAUAUAUUGUUCCUGCAAUUAGAGGUUUCUUCAAGUCAUCUGCUUUAAGUCCUAAAAAUUCUUUACAGGAUAUUUUGCGGUUAUUGAACUUAUGGUUCAAAUUUGGCGAACACAAAGAUGUUGCUGCUGCGAUCACGGAAGGGUUUUCAAACGUCCCUAUGGAUACGUGGCUGGAGGUAAUUCCUCAAUUAAUUGCACGAAUUCACACAUCCAGCACAUCUGUUCGUUCGUCAGUUCAUCAGCUGCUUUCUGAUAUUGGCCGUGUUCAUCCUCAAGCACUAGUUUACUCUUUGACCGUGUCUUCUAAGUCUACCAAUAUUCAGCAAAAGCAUUCCGCUAAAUCGAUUAUGGAUAGCAUGCUUUCACAUAGUGAUAUCUUAGUACGUCAAGCCCUUUUAGUCAGUCACGAGUUGAUUCGAGUUGCUAUUUUAUGGCAUGAGUUAUGGUAUGAAGGAUUAGAGGAAGCUUCUCAGGCGUACUUUACAGAGCAUAAUGCGUCUUCAAUGAUUGAGAUUAUCACGCCUCUUCAUGAAAUCCUAGAAAAGGGUCCUUCUACUUUAUCGGAAGUUUCCUUUGCGCAAUCAUUUGGAUAUGACCUCCGUAGAGCUAAAAAUUGCUGGGAGAGGUAUUUGAAAAAUGAUGAUUUGACAGAGCUCAAUCAAUCAUGGGACAUAUAUUAUCAAGUUUUCAGACGUAUCCAAAGACAGCUGCCCAAAAUCAAGCAUUUGGAAUUGCAAUAUGUGUCUCCAAAACUUUUGGAUGCUUGUGAUUUGGAGCUAGCCGUGCCUGGAACGUAUGGACAUAACAAGCCUGUAAUUAAAAUUGCUCAUUUCCAUCGCAAAUUUGAGGUUAUCUCUUCAAAGCAGAGGCCUCGACGGUUUACUAUUCGUGGUAGUGAUGGGAAAGAUUAUCAGUAUGUUUUAAAAGGACAUGAGGAUUUGAGGCAAGACGAGCGAGUUAUGCAGUUAUUUGGCCUUUGUAAUACCUUGCUGACAACGGACUCAGAGACUUUUAAGCGAAGACUUAGUAUAGAAAGGUAUCCUGUCAUACCUCUAUCACCGAAUUCUGGUUUACUUGGUUGGGUGCCUCAUAGUGACACUUUACACUCAUUAAUUCGUGAUUUUCGUGCUAAGCAACAUAUAAUGCUGAACCUUGAGCAUCGCAUGAUGUUACAGAUGGCGCCUGAUUAUGACAGUUUAACUCUUCUACAAAAACUAGAAGUGUUUGAGUUUGUUUUAGCAAAUACAGAUGGCCAUGAUUUAUAUCAUUUGCUUUGGCUCAGAAGCCCUAACUCAGAAGCUUGGUUAGAUCGAAGGACCAGUUUUACCCAAAGCUUGGCUUUAAUGUCAAUGGUGGGGUACAUAUUAGGACUCGGUGAUAGACAUCCUUCGAACUUGAUGAUGGAUAGAUUUACUGGUAAAGUAAUCCACAUUGAUUUUGCUGAUUGCUUUGAAGUUGCCAUGCAUAGAGAUAAAUUCCCCGAGCACAUACCGUUUAGACUUACUCGUAUGCUUAUUAACGCUAUGGAGGUAAGUGGUAUUCAGGGAACUUAUACAAUUACAUGCGAACACGUUAUGAGAGUUUUAAGAUCCAACACGGAAUCUUUAAUGGCUGUUUUGGAAGCAUUUGUUUAUGAUCCGCUGAUUAAUUGGAGGUUGAUGACAAAGGGUUCGUUUGGAGUUACAACGAAUCUAAAAGCAGGUUCAAGCAGUGUGGAAGAGAAAAGCCGUUCUUUUGUUCAUCGAAUCCGGCACUUGGACUACAUCAAUGCUGAUGAAAAUAAUGAUUCUGAAAACUUGAAUGAAAGAUCCAUCCAAGUUUUAAAGCGAGUAUCCAAUAAGUUGACCGGAAAAGACUUUAAUUUAACGGAGGAAUUACCUGUUAAAAUACAAGUGGAAAGAUUAAUCCAACAAGCAACGGCGCCAGAGAACCUUUGUCGCUGUUAUGUGGGAUGGUGCAGUCUCUGGUAACUCUAUUUUUUUCCGAAUUUAUGUAUUGUAUGUACUAUUUAUUACCUACGCGGUGCUUCUUGUUUCCACUGCCUUAAAUUUUAUUUCUGUUUGCGUGGUUAUAUAUUAUCUAUUGACGAUAGCUAAGUAAUCCAAAAGAUAUUUGAAUCUUUUUGAAUGUUUAUAGCUUAAUAGAAUGAAAUCUAAAGAGAUA